AUGAGUCUCCCUGAGGCGCAACAGGGAAGAAUAGCGACAAUAUGGGGUAGUUUGAUUAUCUAUUCUUGUUGUGCAACUGCUGUCAUUUAUGCAUUCCUUGGACUAUUUGCUUGUCGUCGUCUGAUUCGCGCUAACUGGCGUUGGGUGUUAAUCGUAGCUCUUUACCUUAUUGUUGGUAUGUUGCAUGCAUUUUUAUCUCUGGCGAUACUUUGUGUGGCGGUGGCCUGUAUAUUUUGGACCUUCGGUGAUAGAAGGAUAAGUACUAUCGAGACGAUUGCAUAUGCAGCAGUGAUGGUUGUGUUGACGAUUUUCUUUGCUUUGGGACGAAAGUCAAUUCUAUACGCCUUGUGA